AUGGCUGCCGUCCAGGACAUGUGGUCGUCGUUGGCCACAAAGGCCCCAGCCUCCUCAUCCUCCUCAGACUCCUCCUUCACCUCUGACAAGAUCCCCCUUCACACCGGCCUCCUCUCCGUCUCCCAGCUGCCCAACAUCGCCGGCUCCAUCCCCUGGGUCGGCCACCUCCUCGGACUGCAGAAUGACAGCGCUCGCUAUGUCAACCGCCUCCUGGCCUCCACCGCAGCCCCCAUUUUCACCAUCAACAUCCCCUUCAAGCGCAUCAUCGUUGCCAGCCCGUCCAUGGACCGCAGCCUCUCGCGCCACACCUCAGAAACGGGACUUGCGCAGAUCCUCGCCUACGUCGGUCCCCGGGUUUUCAGCCUGGGCCCGGAGACUAUCCGUGUCAUUCUUGACGCUAACCCUCGGCCCUUGCACAAGGUCGAGUUUGGCGACAUGGAAAACUUGAAGGCCCUCUCUGAGCGCUCUGGCACGUUCGUCUGGGACCAGAUGAACCAAAUGCCCUUCCACAGCGAGGUUGACCUUGCCCACUGGAUGUUUGGCAUGACCGUUUCCGCCACCGCGAGUGCUGUCUGGGGCGUUCAGAACCCCUGGCGCAUGGAUCGCGAGUUUGCUGAAGAGUUCAUGAACCUGAGCGAGACCUUUGACUCUCUUUCUCGACCAGUUGCGUGGCUCACUGCUCGGUCAGCUUACAAGUCCCGCAAGUUUCUCACGGACCGACUCCGCGCAUUCCACGCUGAGCACCGCGAGGCGCGCGUCCAGACUGUGGCCCAUGCAAUCAACGUCGUCGCCCACUCAGACUCAAACUGGGAGACGAACCCGGACUACUUCAACAUUGAGAUGGUUUCUGCCCUCGGUCUCCUUGCCACCCCCAGCACCCUUUCUGUCUGGCUGAUGCGUCAUCUGCUGGCCACCCCUGAGCUGAUGCGCGUCAUUGUCGAAGAGGUGCAGCAACUCAAGGACGUCCAGGGGGAACUUUCGGGUGCGCCGAGAUUAGAUCUCACUGAUGUGCGUACUCUUUGCCCCUGGCUCGUAGCAUCCUGGUACGAGAAUCUUCGCCUGCACAUGACUGGUGUUCCCCGUCUGGCCCGCCACGACUUCAACCUCAACCUCCCCGGCUCAGAUCCCCUGGCUGUGUCACAAGGCGACAUCUUCCUGCUCCCCAUGUGCGCCUCUAACCUCGACGCCAUGACGUGGGGCCCUGACGCUGCUUCCUUCGUGCCCGGCCGCUUCAUCAACCACAACGGCGAGCUCAACAACGCCCUGAUCCGCAAGGUGCGCGCCUUCGGCGUUGCUGGCAACCUGUGCCCUGGGCGAGUAUUUGGGUUCGAGGUGGCCAUGAUGAUGAUCGCAGGCACCCUGCGCACCUUCGACGUCCAGAGCGUUGACGGCAGCAACUUCUGGGUGCCCGGUGUGCGGAAGGGCUUUAACGUGGGCUUUGAGCGAUACGCGGAUGAUAUCAAGGUGGUGUUGGUGAGGAGGUGA